CUCUACAACUCAAAUUCAAACACAAACAUGUCUCCCACUUUCUCUCUCAUCACCACCACUCUCCUCCUCCUCCUCUUCACCACCCUCACCACCGCCCAAACCCCACCCCGAACCCCACCAUCACCACCACCAGCAUCCGACUCCUGCAACGGCAUCUUCAUCUCCUACACAUACACAUCCGGAUCCAAACUCCCACCCGACAACCCAUCAAACCAACCCUACCGCUUCGAAUCGGAGCUCCGGAUCCUCAACAACGCAGCAGAAGAGCUCAAAUCUUGGAGGGUAUUUGUGGGAUUUCAGCACGAUGAGUACUUGGUCUCUGCUUCUAACGCUGUCAUUGCUGACGGCUCUGUUUCGCUUCCGGGUCGGGUCGGGAACGGGACUGUGUUUGCUGGGUUUCCCAGUUCGGAUCUUAAAACCGCUAUUGAGACUGCUGGUGAUAUCAAUCAGAUGUCGGUUCGGGUCGAGUUGGUGGGUACCCAGUUUGGAGUCGGGUCGCCCGAUGUACCCAUGCCGAGGAAUAUUUCUCUUGCGAAUGAUGGGUUUGUUUGCCCUAGAGCUACUAUGAAUGGAACACGAGUUAUGAACGUGUGUUGUACAAGAGACCCGAAUGCAGUAACCAACGAGACUGUAACAGACGAGUUUCUCCCACGCCAAACCGGCGAUCUCACAAUCAUGUACGACGUGACUCGGACCUACGAGUCAGACUACUGGGCCGAAGUCACCAUCGAGAACCACAGCCCCCUGGGCCGCCUUGAUAACUGGAACCUAACCUGGGAUUGGAUGCGAGACGAGUUCAUAAACGACAUAAAAGGCGCACACCCAUACACCCGCGAUUCAACCGAAUGCAUUUUCGGCCCACAAGGCGCGUUCUACAAAGAACUUGAUUUCUCAAACGUCUUGAACUGUGAAAGACGGCCCACGAUAAUCGACUUACCACUUGAGAUGACCAACAAUACCAAAUGGGGAAUGAUCCCGUUUUGUUGCCGGAACGGGACGAUUUUGCCCCCGACAAUGGACCCGAGCAAGUCGAAAUCGGCUUUUCAAGUACAAGUCUUCAAAAUGCCUCCGGAUUUGAACCGGUCCGAGCUCGUCCCGCCACAAAACUUCAAAAUCAGCGGGCGGCUAAACCCGGAUUACAAAUGCGGCCCGCCGGUUCGUGUUAGCCCGAGCGAGUUCCCUGACCCUAGCGGUCUACCUGGCGCGACUGCGGUCGCCAGCUGGCAAGUGGUUUGUAAUAUCACUCAAGCGAAAGGUUCGAGCCCGCGAUGUUGCGUGUCGUUUUCGGCUUAUUAUAACCAGUCGAUUAUCCCCUGCCCGACUUGCGCGUGUGGCUGCCCGAGCGGUGCGGGUUCUCGAACGUGUAGUACGACCGCACCCGCACUGUUUCUUCCUCCUCAGGCUUUGCUUGUUCCGUUUGAUAACCGGACGGAACUCUCGACGGCUUGGGCUAGCAUCCAGCGACGAUCGGUUCCGAACCCGUUACCGUGCGGGGACAACUGCGGGGUCAGUCUUAACUGGCACCUGCUGACCGAUUACCGAGGCGGGUGGACGGCGAGAGUCACGCUCUUCAACUGGGAUGAAACGUCUUUCGCAGAUUGGUUUGUCGCGAUGGAAAUGGGCAAAUCGGCCCCUGGGUUCGAAAAGGCGUACUCGUUUAACGCGAGUUCACUCGAGGUCAACGGUGCGAACGACACGAUAUUCAUGCAGGGUCUACCCGGGUUAAACUAUCUGGUCGGGGAAGUUGACGGGAACAACCCGAAAAAGGACCCGAGGGUACCCGGGAAACAACAGUCGGUGAUCUCGUUUACCAAGAAACUGACACCUGGAAUCAAUGUUGCCGGCGGUGAUGGGUUUCCGACGAAAGUGUUCUUCAACGGUGAAGAGUGUGCGCUUCCGAGGGUUCUUCCGACCAGCGGUUCUUUUCGACCAGUGUCUAGGGGUGUGUUUUCGGGUGUUGUCGCGUUCAUCAUCGUCGUGAUGUUGAUAUAACAUGAGGUGCUAUCGGAUUGAUUUUUGUAGAUUUGUUCAAUUUUUUUAACGAUUGUAGUAUUGGAUUUUGUAUAGAAAUGUUGUAAUAUUGGAUUUGCUGCACAUUUACAGAUUUUAGUUAUUAAAAACUUAUGUUGCGUUAUUCA